CACGAGAUAAGCUUUAGUUUUACUGAUAAGUAGUCACUUGAUGGUGAGAUAGUUGUUGUUGCAUUAGAAGAACAGAAACAUGACUGAAAUGGAAGAUAAUACACCAGAAUGGAUGAUCGAGUUGAAAAAUAGGAAAAAAAAGCCACAUUUAGCACAUGAAGCAGGUGCAGGAUCGCCGUGCUUGAGCUGUAAAGAAGCUUGUCCAGGUUUAGAUUUACACUUUUGGCGUAAAAUUUGUAAAAAUUGUAAAUGCGGUAGAGAUGAACAUGAUGUGGAAGUCGAUGAAUUCCCACAAUUUGAUUUGUUAUUUGGGCGCUCUGGAAAACUAAGAAGAAAAGCUACAUUUUUACCAGUGGUCAUCAAGACGCAGGUUGAAAAGGAAAAUGCUUUUGAAUGGAUACCUCCAAAUGUAUCAACCGAUAUAGCUAUAGAUUAUAUGAAAGCCUUACCGGAAAACAAGCUGCCAAUCAAAGGAUCAGCAGGUGCAGCUUUACGAAAGCAGCAACUUCAGAAACAACUGCCACUUCAUGAUAUGGACCAUAAAGCCUGUGAUAAAUUGAGUGAAGACGAGAAACAGCAAUUCGAAAAAUAUUUAGAAAAUCUCAAGAAAUACGUCGGCCAAGGCAGAGUAUCAAAGAUUAUGGGAGCACGACCCUUCAGUAGGUCUCUGAUGACACCAGCAAAUGCAGCUGAUAUGCAGCCAUUGAGUCCCAAGCGAAAUCCUCUUGCAUAUGUACCAACGGGUGAACCCACUAAUCUUCGUACACCCAGUAGUUUUAUUCCAAAAGGGUCUAGCUCACCUGCUGUUCAAGGCUCUCAGAAACAACAAAACUGGUUGGCAGACAAUUUAGAAGUUAUGCAAGCACAGAUUUCUGGUAAUGUCACUAGCACUGGAGUGAUUAUGGGUCAAUAUCAUCCUGUCUUAGGAAGUAUCACUGCUAACGAACGAAUUACAAAUUCGGAGAUUGUAAAUAGCAGCCGGUACCCACCGCAGCAAUUCGCCAACACUGUUCAACUCACGGAUACUCAACGGAAUACAGCUUCCUUUUUACAAAACCCAGAAAAUGCAUCGUACCUACCUGAUUUUGGGACAGUAAAUUAUCUUGUAGAAAAUUUGGAAAGUGAAGUACACUCUCAGCCAAACAUACCUUUGGAUCAUGAUACAUCCAUUACCGGCUCAAAUGCUAACAGUAAUCCUACAUCAAAUGAAGGUUCUCGUAUGUUACAACAGCAAACUGCUAGUUAUGUAAAUCUUUCAACACCAUGGAAUGUUAGUCACAGCUCUGCAAUACCUUCAAGCCAAUAUAAUGCAGCUAAUGUCUCAAUUUCGCGGCCCUCAGAAACUACAAUCCAAAGCGGGAAUACCGGAAUUCUGGAUCCCAGUUUUUCCGUUCAACUUGGACAUUUGACACGACAGGGAAUCCAAUCGCAAGUAGAUGAUUUGACCAAAACAAAUCAAACUGUAUCAGUUACCAAUGAAGUACAUGACAUUAGUAGGCUACCGCAAAAUGUUUCACACUUAGAUGACCUUUCCUUGCAAAAUGCAAAACUAGCCGAGGAAAUGCUAUCUGAUGCAUUACUACCUCCAAGUGCCAUACACACCAAUGAAAUCAUCGGAAGUACCUUGGAUAAGAAUAAAUUGAAAUUUAUUCAAGAGAAACUCAGCGCGAAAUAUUGUAGAGAUGACCUGCCUUCUCUGCACACUUCUGCGUCUCAACGACUAGAAACAGCUGAUCCACAAUUCGGCCAAAACAUUGGUAAACAUAGAUCUCCACAGGAUCAAAUUUCAUCGAUAAAUCAAGAGGCUAAUAGAGCAGCCAUUAUUGCGGCAAUGCGCAAUCCUUCUGCAUUUUCAGUAAAAAAUACUUCCGACGAAUCUGGGGGAUUGCAUAAAGCUGAGGCACUCUCAAAUGAUAAUCAUCAUUCAAUAGUACCCCAAGACGGUCGUCAAAAGGCUGUUUCGAUGUCUCCAGAAUCCAAUCUACCAUUAGAAAUUGCAUGUAAUAGUUCAGAUGAGCGUAAACAUUUGACAGCUAUUCCAGCUCACCAACAGCAACAAUCUUUGAACUCUCACCAUCAGACAUCGCAACAUCCACAAACAGCAGUCACUUCAGAACAAGGUCGUGCAUCUCAGGAUUCUGCAGGCCCUCACACUAAGAGAAAUUUGAUAAACCCACAGGUGAUAAACCCGCCCUUAAUAUCGAAUCCCGAACUUCUGCUACCAACUGAACAAAUUCGAGCGGAAUUGAGCUAUGAACCUGCCAAAACUCAAGUCAUUUAUUCAGAAUCCUUAAGAAAUCAAUCAUUUCCUGAGGCUAUCAUAGACUCCUCAGGCUUGAGGCAAAAUCCCGCUAGUGUGGAUCAAUUGCAGGGGGCCUUGGAAGAACUUUCGGUUGGACCGGUUCAGCUACAAAAAUGUACACAAUGUAAAGAAGAAAUACAUUCAGGCGAUGUAGUCGUUACUGCAGAAAAAGCUAAAGGUGCAAUCUGGCAUCCUGGAUGCUUCAUAUGUUCCACAUGUAACGAGCUUCUUGCUGAUCUAGUCUACUUCUACCAUAAAGGAAAACUUUACUGUGGCAGGGAUCUUGUUACUCUACUCAACAUUCCGAGAUGUUUUGCUUGUGAUGAGUUGAUAUUUGUGCGGGAAUACACAGUCGCAGAAGGACACAAUUACCACGUGAAGCAUUUCUGUUGUUGGGAUUGUGAUAUGCCAUUGGCUGGGCAGCAGUACAUCUCUGAAAAUGACCGACCCCUUUGCCUACCAUGUUAUCAAAAAACUUAUGCCAAAACUUGUAAAACUUGUAGCAAAGUGAUAGCGGCUGAUCAACAGGGCGUUGCUGUGAGGAAUUUGGACUUUCAUGCAACCGAUGCAUGUUUUUCAUGUUUUACCUGCAAGAAAAGUUUGCUGAGUGGUAAGAUGGCAAUUAAACAAGAAAGACCUUUCUGUAGCAAGGAGUGCAUUACAGAGUUCUUAAAUACCAAGUCAUAAAAUACGAUGAAUAUACUUGUCAACUACUAAUAAUUUUGAUUCUGGAUCACCACAGAACCUUAUAGAGCCUACCUAAUCAACGAAUCGAUAAGUUCUUACAACUCCAUGAAGACUAAUUAUUCAGUUUGCCGCCUUUCUCAAACAGAAAUUCAAUUAUUCUUCAUGAUAACUUCGUCAAGGAGUAUUCCUUUUUUUGAAUCAGAUUUGCAUCAUCAGGCAGAGGUUCUGAUGAUCUAGUAGUAAGGCAACCUGGUAAAUAAGUCAGGAUAGUAGAAGAGUAAAUAAUUCGCAAACGACAAUGAUGAUUUUCAAUUGUUUUUCAUAAAAUGAUAAGAUAAACAUAAAAUCAACAUAUUAUACUUUGAUAAGUAGUUAUAAUAAGUAAUCAUUCGCUAAAAAUAUAAUUUUUCAAAUUUGUUAAAAUUAUCUCAAUAUCACUCCUUGAAUUUGAGUGGAAAGUUGAAUAUAAUUCGUCAAGUGAAGGUCGUUAUCGAAUAGAUUUCACCAGUAAAAUGAAAUGAUGGGCAUUGGAAUACUAUAUCGGACUUACGUCACUUUUAAUCGCGCUCUAAGUCAUUAACAGAAUAAAAAAAUGGUUCAUUUUCAACCUCCAAACUAAUUUUAUCCUUGUGUUAACAGUAAAUCAGCGCAUUUCUUAUUAUAUAUCAAAUGUGUAUGCCAACUAUUAUUCGGUCGAUGAUCAGAAAUCUUUAAAAAUAUUCUAUUCCGAAUCACUAUCGCAAACCGGUUGAAUAAACCUUCUGACCGCUCUAGCAUUGGGUGUACUUUUAUCAUCCUCCAUUGCUUUUCGAGCUCGAGUAACACGACCUGUAAAAUGCGAAUAACAUGAUAACGGUGAAAAAAAUUUCAUUUGUCAAUGCUAUGUAUCUUCACAAAAUCUUUGUCUUCUAUAUACCUUCGGAUAUUAUAUUUGCCACGUCUAAUUGAGCGA